AUGUCUGGCUAUCAUCGAUACACGUGGAAAAAGAAGGCAAACCGCCCCACGGAAAGCGAGCCUCUUGAUCCCAAUGCCACUGUCGAUGGAUGGGGCACGCUGAGAGGAUCCACCGUCGUGAUCGUGCAAGAAGGUCCAACUCACGCGGCCAGAUUCACAUUCAGAUACGAGCCCAACUACACCAACGAUCGCUUCGCCAAUACUACCGACAAAGACUUCCGAAUCUCGGCGAUUCGAGACCGCAUUGCUAGUGGGAAGAAGGUAUACCGAUGUACGACCGCCAAUCUCGCCGGCAUUUAUGGAGCCCUCUAUGAAAACACAGGCUCCAGAGCCUCCACACGUAGUCCAUGCUCGUAG